AUGUCUAUUCUUUUAUUACUUCACCCUACCGUCGUUGCUAACGAAGAUCAGACUGAUCUCGUGCUUACCACCAAGCAACAGCUUGCACAGCAAUACCCCAAUGACCACAUAGUUCAGCAGAUUAUGGAUAGAGUGGCGAACAAGAAGGUUGCCUUAGAUGACGGUAGCUUCAACAGAGUGGUAUACUUGAAUCCAAACCAAGAUAAGAGCAUCCCCGUAGCGACAUUACCAGUUUUAUCUGACUUGUUAGUUGCUGGAGGCUCUAUUGAAGGAGAUUUACCAUCAGAUCAAGAUCUAGAUGUCAUUAUGAAUGGGUUGUUGAUUGACGAUGGUGUGUGGAUCAAGCCAAAGUAUGAAGCAGUACAAUUAAAGAAGAAACCUGUUGCUUCUACCUUGAAUGCCUCGAGUGGCGCCUCAAAAAGUGGUUUAGUGGGCAAGAAGUUGCCAAUGUUCAAGAAGUUAAACAAGCCUCUGACAAAGAUUGUAGCGGCACCGGCACCUGCCCUUACUGACUCCAACACCAAUUCCGAAGGUGAGGAAGAAAACAGCAUGAAGAGGAAGCUUCAAGAGACGAAGCUUAGUUACUUUUCCGAUGACGACGACGAUGAUGGGAUGGAUGACGAUGAAGAUGAAAAUGACGAUGACAGGGUUGUUGAAGACGAAUUAAUUAAAGAGAGUGACAAGUUCCAAUUGUCCACAUCUCUUAUAACGCCCAGAUCUUGCGACAUAACCAAGAAGAAGAGAAGAAAGGCCUGUAAAGAUUGCACCUGUGGAUUGAAAGAGUUAGAGGAAGAAGAGCUCAACAAGCAAUCCACACUCCAAGAUUCCAUUUUGGGCAAGAUGGCCCAACUGGCUACAUUGGAAGCAAUGAAGAUUGAAGAGAGGUUGAAGAAUAUAAUUAAAUUUGAAGAGAAGGAUAUGGCCGAGAUUGAUUUCACCAUCGAAGGAAAGACCGGUGGAUGUGGCUCAUGUGCUUUGGGUGAUGCUUUCAGAUGCGAUGGAUGUCCAUACUUGGGUUUACCACCUUUCAAGCCAGGUGAAGCUAUUACUAUUGAUAGUUUCGGUGAAGAUAUUUAA